CUUACCUUUCCUGCUGCUGGUUCCUUUGUGCCCUUGUCACCGUUUGUUGAAGUAUCGCGGCCAUGUUUGAGAUAUCAACCUUCUUUUUGGGGUUUGCCCUUGGAUUUCUCCUUUAUAUAUGUGUUGGAGUGAUUCGCGAUGACUCAAAGAGACACCCUCUUCCUCCGGGGCCGAAGGGCCUUCCUUUGGUAGGAAACCUGAACGAUCUUCCGCCGCCGGGCGUGUUUGAAGCGCAUCACUGGCUGAAGUUCAAGGACAGUUACGGUCCCAUCAGCUCUAUCACUGUGAUGGGACAGGCAAUCAUCAUCAUAAACAGCUGGAGACUGGCAUCACAGCUGCUUGACAAAAGAUCAGCAAAGCAUUCUUCCAGGCCCAAAAUUAUGAUGGUGGGUGAAAUGGUUGGCUGGGAGAAUUCACUUGGAUUCUCACCAUACAACGAUCGCUUCAGAACGCAUCGGAAGAACAUGGCUCGUAUAAUCGGAUCCAAAAGAGCCGCUGCCAAGUACGAUCAAUUGCAAGAAGCCGAGGUUGCUCAUUUUUUAUUGCAUGUCUUGGAUGAUCCACAGAGGUUCAUGGAUCAUAUAAGGAAGGAAGCGGGCUCAGUGAUCUUGAAGAUCGCUUACGGAUAUACAGCUGAGCCGUUCAAGGAAGACAUUCUUAUCAAAAUGGCGGGCCAGGCCAUGGAUGAUGUAACAGCCGCUGGUGUGCCGGGUGCAUUUCUAGUUGAUAUCCUGCCUCUUUUACGAUACGUACCAGCCUGGGUUCCAGGCGCGAACUUCAAGAGACUUGCCAAGAAAUGGUCUUCAGAGCUGAACGAUCUUACUGAAAAGCCUUAUGCUUUUGUCAAGCACCAACAUGCCUCGGGGAAGCAGGAUAACUCAUUUGUCUCACGACUUCUCGAAGCGGGCGAUUCGACUGAGGAAGCGAGGUUUACGACUAAGUGGUCUGCUUUGUCACUUUACGCUGCGGGGGCUGACACGACUGUAUCUUCCAUCUCUCUAUUCUUUCUAGCGAUGCUAUUAUAUCCCGAUGUCCAACAGAAAGCUCAGGAGGAGAUCGAUCGUGUGGUUGGCAACGAGAGGCUGCCAAAUUGUUCAGAUCGAUCAAGCCUACCUUAUAUCGACGCCAUGGUCAAAGAGAUUCUUCGUUGGCACCCAGUUGCUCCCAUGGGCCUACCUCAUACGAGCACCGUUGAUGAUGUGUUUGAAGGAUACUUUAUCCCCAAAGACGCCCUGAUCAUGCCAAAUAUCUGGUACUUUGCCCAUGACCCUGAGGUCCACCACGAACCAAUGAGCUUCAACCCGGAGCGGUUCUUGUCAACCGAUGGAAGUCAGCCUGAACAAGAUCCGCACACGUACACAUUCGGCUUCGGGCGCCGCGUAUGCCCGGGGCGUGUCUUGGCUGACAAUGCAUUAUUCCUCAGCAUCGCACAGUCUCUCGCUGUAUUGCACAUCAGAAAGGACAAAAAUGGUGCCCAACCUGAACUCCUAUUCACACCUGGGAUGGUCAGCCACCCCGAGCCGUUCAAAGCUGUUAUUACGCCAAGAUCUCCACACCACGAGAAGUUAAUCCGGUCAUUGGAGCACAAGUUUCCCUGGGAACAGAGCGACGGACAUAUCAUAGAAAACAUGCAGCGCCAAGUAUCGUGAGCCCCGAAACAGCUGUCAUUACAAGGAUCCAAGUCGAUCAGAGACCAUGUAAAAUCUCGGUGUUACUAAACUUGGCAUAAGCAAUCUACAGUAUGCUUAAAGUUUGCCACUAAUUCCCCUCAGCUCCAAGACCACUUGGUGCCCAAGGCUCGCCCCGGAUGCAUCACCCGUGAGAUUCGCGCCCGGGACGAUCAUAGAAACGAACGAUACUGAAUGGGGAAAGCGAUAUCGUCCCUUGCAGAUGUGCUACACAUGAGCUGUCAGGCAGGUGAUUUGAUUGACGCGGAUUUCGUAUAUUGUGGCUCUAAUUUGAGGCGGAGGGCAAUAGCUCACGGAUGGAGAUUGUUAGGCUGUUUGUUGCUUUGACUGUAACAGGGGGCGGGGCUGAGCUGAACUGGUCUGGUUUGGUCUGCGGGCUUAGGCACUGAGAAAGCGGCGCUGAAAUCUGACAAGUUGUCCUAACGUAAAAGUUUAAAUUUUCAUUGUGU